UUUCUCUGUAUCUUCCAAGUUCACUUUCAUCUCUGCAGUGCUUGCUUCAAUGGUGCUUCCCAAGUUCAUCACAGCACUUGUCUUUGUAUUGACCCUUGCAAGAAUCGAGCUCUCAACUUCCCAAGUUGUGAAGGGCAAGGUCUCUUGCCUUGACUGUAAGCAUAAGGAUGCCUCCUCGGGCAUUAAAAUUCUUGUGAAGUGUGAUAGAGUGAAAAAGUUGGCAAUGGCAACCACAGAAGAAGAUGGCUCUUUUGAAGUGGAACUUCCUUCAGACACCUCAAAAUCAUCUCCUCCACUGAAUUGCCAUGCCAAGCUUUUUGCAGCUCCAACCCAGCUCUAUGCCUCAAGGAAAAAUGUGGUAUCCAAAAUCAUCAAGACCAAGGACCUUAACUCCUACACCAUCUCCACUCCUCUCAGCUUUUCCACAUCUUGCCCCUUCACAUAUGAGAAAUGCAGGGCCAUGAACAAGCUUGGUUCUUCAAAGAAUAUCAAUCUGAAUCUGCCACCAGAGUGGGGCUUAGCACCAGCUAGCCUUUAUAUUCCUUACUAUCCCAUCAUUUCAGGCAUACCUUGAUCAUCAUUUGUAUGUUGCAGUGCAUGAUAUCUAGCGUCUGAUCUGGCUUAUAAUAAUAUAAAUCAUAGUGUGUUGCAGAAAAUGCUAAUAUAUUGUAUCUGUAUUAUAUGGUGUGAUGAGUGUAAUAGCAUCUAGCAUUAUCUUUUGUCCUUUUUUUUUUUUUUUUUUUGGAGUUUUCAUCCUUUUUUGCUUCCUAUAGACAACUUUUAUCCUUGUAAGAAGUUGCCCUUAUGUUAGUAUGGAAGUUAUUUGUAUUAAAAGAAGACAUUAUAUAUGCUAUUUCUUUGUCCA